CACAGUGAAAUUAAAAUGUAUAAACAACAAAUCAUCACUACAAAUGAAGGGAACAGCAAAAAUAAGUGUUAAGUGACAAAAAAGUGAUAAAAGUUGAAACGGACAACUAGGCCACAAAAGUGAAAUUUAAGUGAAGAGACGGUACAUUCCAGGAUAUUUUCGACAGCAAAAAACAUUUGCGAUACAACAGUGCUCAAAACAAUCAGUCGUGAAACUAUUAACUAAAGUGCAUUUAAAAAAUACUAUAAAAUAUAACCUCGUUAAUUUAAACAUAGAACGAUUUUCAGUGCAGUCAUCGUAGAUGACUUAUUGAAUGCAACGCCAUCUGUUGAGAUCUGAGAAUAAUACUACUUCAAGAACCAACCCGCAAGAAGCGAUUAAAACAUUUUCUCAAACAGAGCUGUCACUGUCACUGUCAAAAUUGCCAUCUAUCAAACAGACGUCACAAAGAAAAUAAUGGACGAGAUUAAAGUCUUAUUAGAAAAAAUCCAACAAGAUCUCCACGAACAAAAGACAGACAUGAAAAACAUGGAGUCUAGAAUAAUAUCGGACAUAAACACGAAUAUAGACCAGAAACUUAGCAGCCAUGUGAAGAGAAUCUCAGACAUUGAAGUAAUGGUCGACGAGCAACAAAGAAAGUUUGAAUUCAUGGAACGCAAACAGAGGGAACGAAAUAUCCUUUUAUUCGGAAUGCCGGAGCAAGAAAAAUAUUAUACAGAACUGGAAAAGCUAGUGUUAGACUUUAUAAACGAAAAGCUGGAAGUGUCGUGCGACAAGAGUGAAAUAGAGAAUGUAUCAAGAGUCGGUAGGCGAAAUGACACAACUAGGCCUAUCCGGAUUACACUUACAACCAUGGGAAAGAAAUUAGCAAUAUUAAAAGUGAAAAACAAACAAGAAAUAGCUCCUAUAUACCUAAAAGAAGAUUUUACACCAAAGGUCUUGCAGAAGCGAAAGGAGCUACAAGAACAAGCUAAACAAGAAUGGCAGGCCGGUAAACAAGUAUUUAUAAAACAGGACAAGCUCAUAGUGAAGGAAAAGAACAAAAAAAGAAACCUGUCUAUUUCCCCCAAAGAAAAUGAAGCUGGUAGACACUACAACAAUCCCUGCAUACAGGCAAACAAGAAAAACAAAAUUACACCAAGAGACACAAACAGCACCACCAAUAUCAAAAACUUUUUCUCUAAAAACACAUCCCAGCAAUCCAACAAAAAUUCAACUCAAGAGCAUGACCCAAUACAAUAGCAACGAAACAGGGCCCCUUCCAAAAAAUCACCUCUACUGUCAAACACCAACCAUGACAGAAAUCUCCCACAACGGCUCGUCCCCGCGGGAGAAUAUGACGAUAACCUCCUAGUACGCCCCUCCAGGAAGCAAAGAAAACUAAGGAAAUUAAAUAAACUUUACCUAUGCACCUACAAUGUGAGAACAUUAUCAACAGAAGAAAAAAUGUUAGAAUUAAAAAGUUCACUUACGGAAAUCAAGUACGACAUAAUCGGAAUAGCCGAAGUAAGACGAGAAGGCUAUGCCAUAACAGAAGACGACACAAACAUAUUCUGUCACUAUGGCAAAACAGCUGGCAGGCUUGGAGUCGGAUUCCUAAUAAAAAAACAGUUCAAAAACAAUAUUAUAAGCUUUGAAGGAAUUUCAGACCGAAUUGCCGUUCUAAACCUACAAUUCAACUCCACACCACUAACCCUGAUUCAAGUAUAUGCCCCUACCAGUGACGCAAGCGAAGAAACUAUAGAUGACUUUUACAAAGACCUAGACAACACCAUCCUGACUGCAAGAAAAAAUCAGAUCAUACUAGGAGAUUUUAACGCCAAAAUUGGCCAAAUUAAAAAUGAAGAAAAAGCUACUACAGGACAGCACGGUUUUGGAAAAAGAAACAAUAGAGGACAAAAACUGAUACAAUUUGCCAUGAAACACAAAUUAAAAAUCAUCAACACAUUAUUUAAAAAACGAGACAGCAAGAGAUGGACUUGGAUAUCUCCAAAUAAAAAAAAAAAAAUUAAAAAUGAAAUAGACUUCAUCAUAUCCAAAAAUGCUCGGCAAUUUGAAAACUACGAAGUAUUAAACACCAAGUUUAGCUCGGAUCAUAGAUUGCUAAGAUCAACUUACGUGAUAAAUGGGCUGAAACAAAGUCGCAAAACAUAUACAAAGAGAAAAACCCUUUCAUUGUCAAAAGAAGAAGAAUCUAAAUAUCAAGAAAGCCUAGAAAGCCAAUUUCAAAAGUUACCAUUAGCAAAUAAUGACCCCAUCCAACAGUUUUACAACAAGUUUGAAAAAUGUAUAAUAAGAAGUAUUUCCAGCAUAUCCAACAUUAAACAGACAAAUGAUCAGAAAAAUCGAAUAAUAUCAAAAGAAACUCAAGCUCUCAUAAAUGAAAGACAUAACCUCCAAAAACAAAACCCUCUAUCUAGAGAAGACAAAUCUAAACUCUCACUGCUAUACAAGAAGGUAAACAGAGCAAUUAAAAACGACUACAAAAACCAUAAAUUAAAAAUUAUUGAAAAUUGCCUGGCCUCAAACGGAAGCACAAAAAAAGCUUUCAAGGAACUUAAUAAAACAAAAACAUGGGUACCAAAACUUGAAUCAAAUGGAAAAACUACAAAUAUAAGAAGAGAAAUAUUGGAUCUAGCAACCAUCUUCUAUAAACAACUCUACUCAAAGAACGAAAGUCCACAAUCAUCAUCAUCAUAUGAACCUGAAAGCAUAAACCAAAAGGAGAACGAACACAUCAACUGGUUUGACGAAAUGGAGAUCGCCAGAGCACUAAUGAAGCUGAAAACCCAGAAAAGCCCAGGAAGCGAUGGGAUAACAAACGAGCACUUAAAAGCUUCAGGCACACAAAUUCAAACAUAUCUAGCGCACCUCUUCAACCUUAUUCUAAGGGAAAAAACAGUUCCUGACCAAUGGACUACAUCAGAAAUUAUCAUUCUGUAUAAGAAAGGCAACCCAGCUGAUAUCUCAAAUUACCGACCUAUAAGUCUAAUGUCUAGCCUAUACAAGCUUUUUGCAUCCUGUCUUCAGAAACGCAUCUCUCCUAUCAUAGAAAAUCAACUACCAUUAGAACAAGCAGGCUUCCGCAAAGGCUUCUCUACGAUGGACCAUAUUCAAACAAUAGAACAAGUAAUAGAGAAACACCUAGAGUUCAAAACAACAGUAUACAUAGCAUUCAUAGACUUCAAAAAAGCUUUUGACACUAUUCAACACGACGCAAUAUGGAAGGCAUUACAGGAAUAUGAAGUACCUAGAACAUACAUAGAUAUAAUUAAAAACGUCUACCUUAACUCGACAAGCAAAAUAAGACUAGAGAGCACAGGAAAAAAUAUCAAAAUACAAAGAGGAGUAAGACAAGGAGACCCACUCUCUCCCACACUCUUUAUUACCGUGCUACACAGCAUAAUGAAGAACUUGAAAUGGGAAAAAAAGGGUGUAAGCAUAAACGGCUUGUACCUCAGCUACCUCUGUUUCGCUGAUGACAUCGCAGUCUUAUCCAAUAGUGCACAGGAAUUACAAAGUAUGUUAUCAAAUUUGCACUCAAUUAGCUACGAAAUCGGUCUAGAAAUGAAUUUGAGCAAAACAAAAAUCUUAACAAACGGAAAAGAACAACCAAUAUAUAUACAAGAAGAGGCAAUUGAAUAUGU